CUGAACGUCACUUGAGUCUCACGCUUUGCGCUGGUCAAUCGGCAUCCGAGAAAAAAAUUGAAUUUUAACCAUUUAAAUCACAGAAAAAAUUUAAAAAAACACAAGAAAAAUGUUCCGAGUCGUUCGAAGUGCAUUUAACACGGGCGCCCGCCUUUCAACCUCCUUCACACGCACGAGUGCCAUCACAAAACGCGAAUUUACCAGAAAUUUCAUCGCAAUGUGCAACCAAAAGAGUUCUGCUGCUACCUUCGGGAAUCAUCACAAACAUGGCAUGACAUGUGCUUGCGGUUGCGGCAUUCGCGGCGUUCAUACAAAAGGCGAACGCGAACUCGUUGAAUUCUUGGCAGAGGAAAUCGGCGCCGAAAAGAAGGCCCAAAAGUCGAAAACCAUUCCCGCGGAAGUUGAUGGCUUCAAAGUCAAGCUCGACGGAGCCGAAGUUGAGAUGACAAAAAUGCUGGACAACGAAAAAGUUGUCAUCAAGUUCAACAUUAAUCACAGCGUCGAUACCGAAGCGGAGCCCGAAAUCGAUCCAAAUGCCGAUAAACCAGAUUUUGGUGAAAUGAAGUCGAAACCAACGUUUGAAGUUGACAUUGUUCGCGGAAACACGACACUUGGCUUCACAUGUUCCUUUUUCACGGGCGAAGCGGAGGAAGGCGAAUACAACGAUGUCUUCUCGAUCGACGAACUCACGUUGUACGAAGGCGAACACAGCGAAAAAACAUAUGCCGUAUCCGGUGACGUGCUUGACGGCUAUUUGUAUGACUUGCUGAUGAACUUUUUGGAGGAAAAAGGCGUCAGUAACGACUUUGUGGAGAAAAUGUGCGACUUCAGUACGCAAUACGAGCACGCCGCUUACAUUUCUUUGCUGGAGGGCUUGUCGAAAUUCACGGCACGGAAGUAAAUUUGCUUUUUUUGCGGGAAAUUUAGUCUGAAUGAACCAUAGAAAUAGACCUUAAACAUAGAAAUAAGCUCACUUUUCAAAGAAAAAUUAAUCCUGUACGAUUAAAAUACAAUUCUAACAUCUAAAAUAUUUUUUUUUUAU